UUUGCUGUAAAGAAAUCAAAGAGGGGUUUUGCUGCAUGAACCAAAUGCGACAUAAUCUCUGAACACUGGAGCUGGAGGAAUUGUUGAGUUUUGUUGAUAGUUUUUAAUGUUUUUAUUUCCCACAUGUUUGAAUGCAUUUGCUCCUCCUGGUCUCAUUUUCAAAGGUGAGAGGUGAAGCUGUUGCAGGGCAUGCUGCUGUGAUUGGGCUGAUCCACCGAUGGUUUUUACGCAGAGAGCAGGGACCCCAGAGAAGUCACCAUCUCUCCUGGGCUUCAACUGUGAACAGUAGUAGAUCUGCUGGAAGGAUGUGCACGGUGUGAAAAACCCAGAAGUUUUGUCUUUUCUUUCUCUUUUCCUGACUUCAUCCAUCAACAACCAUCGUGCGCCUCCGUGCGCCUCAGUGACCCAGCAGACGUCCCACUCUUUGCCGGAUCAUGUGGAUUAUUGUGGCGCUGGUCCUGGUGGCGGCGGGUCCUGGUGGGAGCUGGGGGUGUCAGCUGCCCAACGACUGGAGACCGCAGACCGAAGCUUGCCGGGCCGAGCUGGCGGAGAUCAUCGUCUUUGCCAAGGUGCUGGCGCUUCACAAGGAGUCGUACAGUAUGUACAACUACCUGCCGUGGCAGCACGACACAGACCUGCUCUUCUCCGCAGAGAUCGAGCUGCUGUGCGACCAGGCGUGGGGCAGUAUGCUGGAGGUGCCUGCUGGCUCCAGGUUCAAUGUCACCGGCCUUGGAUACUUCCCCUGCUUCUCCUACAGUGUCACCAAGGACAACAACUACUACUUCUUCCUCAGCAGGAUGGAUGAGAACUACAACAUUGUCCCUCAUGGAGUGAACUUCCAGGACCCCAUCUUCUCUGACACUCCAGACAACCAUCGCAUGUUUGCAAGCCUCUUCCAGUUUUCUAAUUGCACUGCCGGCACUCAGGUCCACACCUUCACCCCAGAGUGGGAGGCUCAGGAGGACAGCAGGUUGCUGUGCUCCACGGUGCAGAAAGCUCUGUUCGAGGAGGAAGAGAGGGUGAGGACUCUCUCCCAGAAGGUGCGCACCUUGGAGAAAGCCAACGGCCAUCUGCGCGAAAAGGUGAAGACCAUGAAGCGUCUGCUGCGCCAGGCCCAACGAGAAACCUCAAAGGAGCAGCAGACCCUUAACCUCAAACAGCUUUACGAGCCGAAGACGCCCCACCCGGAUCAGGACACUACCCAGGACCAGAAGAACCCUCCCCCCAAAAAGGUCCUCUCCAAGAAGCUAAAAAACUAGACUGUAUACCCACUGUCACUCAAGCAUCAGCGACAGAGCAGACUGGUUGAAGAGCAGGGGGAGGUGACAGCAACAGCAGCAAGGAGUGGAUGAAAGUAACAAAUUUGGUUUUAAUGACAAUUUCAUUACUAUUUAAUGUUUAUUUAAAAAAAAUUCAAAUUUCAUGAAAACCCUGGUGAACAACCUGUUGCUGUAAUUCUUGGUAAAACCUGGGCCAGUAAAACUAUCAUGAACAAAGGGACCUCAUGAACCUGUCUCCAUUAGAUUCAUUCAGGGGAGGCACAAUCACUAUCAGAACUUUUUCCAAACAUUUCAAACUGGCAGAUGAGUUGAUAAAUAUGAGGACAAUGUUAAAGCAUUUGAAAUUCAAGAUCUCUUCUUUAUCAUUUGUUUCUUUUCUGUGCUGGACACAUUAUGCGUUGUUUAAAUAAAUUUCUUAUUUCAAAAAUGUUGUCACUUAAAUGCUCCAUAUUGAUGUAGAGGAAUUGCCUAGUCUGAAUAACACAGAAUGGAGUUUAUCUCUUAGAGUUAUAGUUCUUUACUGCAUUGGGUUUCAUGGAAUACACAGAGGUGAGCAUUUUAAAUCUUGUGUGUGGAAGCAUUGCAUGCACACAAUGCCUAGACUCUGUAUAUGAUUGUGCAGACACAGGAGCAGCUGUGUCAAAGUUCAAAUGAUGCAAGACCCACUAUUUCAUCAUUUGUCUUCUCUACCUUUGCCGGGUUUUUAUUUGCUCUUUUCAUCUAUUUAUAUCUCUCAGAAACAAGUGAUUCUUUACAACCAGGGAACUGCUUCCCAAGAGGGAUUUUUUUCAAGUUCUCCUACAUGUAACACAAAUUGUACUGAAUGAGAACACGGUGCUGAGCACCCAUUGAGUCCAGCCAGUGAGCCUGGCGUGGUACAGGCUUUUUCUGUGUCAGAAACGAGAGUUGGCUUCAUUAUACUUUCUACAUUUGCUUUUGUUAUCUAUAUUUUUGUGCUUUCUCUAAACUAUAAACAUGUGGUUUGAAAUAGCAUAAUCAUUUGUGUUACCAGUCAUUGUAUCUUUUUUUAAAUAAAUAAAUGAACUUUUACAAAACUU